AUGGUAGAAAUUAGGGGUAUGCUUCAACAACUCAUUGGAACAAAUGGUAAGAUGCAGAAAAUGUUGGCAGUGCAUGACUCAGCAAUAAAGAAUAUUGAAACUCAAUUGGGGCAGUUGUCCAUGGCCUUAAAUAACUGCCCCGAGGGAAUAUUGCCAGCCAAUACGAACAUUAACCCCGAGGAGCAAAACCCGAAUCAGCUGAUGGCAGUAAGUCUCCAGAAUAGGAGAAAUUUAGACAGGGAUCAAGAAGUUGCGCAAUCUAGCAGAGAGACUACGCCAGCCACUCCAGUUCCAUUGGAGGUUCAGGAUGAUAAGGGUAAGGCUAAAGAGAGUAAACAAGUUGCAAAACAUGUGGUACCUCUUGUGCCACAAAACCCCAACAAAGAGAAGCCAACAAGCAGUGCACAAAGGACAUGCAGUGCAGUAGUGACAAAACCCAUGGCUCAAAAGAUGUCUAACCCAGGCAGCUUCACUAUUCUGUGUACUAUUGGGAGUUAUGCCUUUGCAAAAGCAUUGUGUGACUUAGGAGCCAGCAUAAACUUGAUUCCUUUGGCAAUAUAUACAAAACUGGGCAUUGGUAGAGCUAGAACGAUUUUGAUGCUAUUGCAACUGGCUGACCACACGGUUAAAAGGUCGACAGGGAUUCUUGAUGAUGUGUUGGUAGAUGAGGAGAUACCCAUCAUUCUAGGGAGGCCAUUCUUAGCCAUUGGGAGAACAUUGAUUGAUUGUGAAACUGGGGAAUUAAAAAUGAGGUUGAACGAUGAAGAAGUUAUAUUCAACGUUCAACAAUCCAUAAGGAGACCCAGUGAAUAUGCUAAUUGCUCCCUAGUGGAGGUAGUAGAUGUGAUCCUGCAUGAAGAUGAUGAGAUCCUGAAUGCUAAAGAUCCAUUGGGAGCUUGCUUGACAAAUUUAGAGGAGAUGGAUGGUGAAGGGUUGGCAGAGUGGGUCAUGGCACUCGAAGGCCAAGGAUUCUGGAAGAGGGAACCUCAGUUCGAGUACCUUGAGUUAGAAAAGAGAGCUACACCACCGGCAAAACCAUCGGUAGAGGAACCACCCCGACUGGAGCUAAAACCGCUUCCAGCUCACCUCAGUUAA